AUGCCAUCUUUUAAUGAUGGUAUGGAAGGGCCUUCGACAGAUGACAAAGCAAGAGAUUUGGCUGUUGUCAAUUUUGUGGAUGGGGGUGUGGAGGGACCCUCCAUAAAUGAGAACAUUGUUUUUUCAAAUGUUUACAGAACUUGCACUUCGGGGCUUUGUAAUGAUGGUGCUGAAGUACUUUUGGAGGUGUCAAACAACAUGUUGACCAUAGUAGACUUCAAAUGCUUACGACCACGUGGAAAAAUUGAUAACAUGGUUAUGUUGUCUGCCAUUGGGAUGAUUGUGUAUAAUCAAUUGCAAAUAUCUGGAAUGAUUAAACGGUGUUGUUUGAAUCCAUUUUUUGCGACAAUGGUUAUGGAGAGAAUGAAGAUUCCCAAAAAAAAGCGAGAAGCAUUGCCAGCAACAGAUUAUCAUCAUUUCUUCCAACCUCAAUCAUUUCCAUUAAAUGUGUUGUUAACAUCUGAAUUUUUAUUUGUGCCCACUGUUGGUGAUGACCAUUGGUGGUGCUACGUUGUAAACUGUCAAUCAAGAGAAAUGUUUAUUUUGGAUUCUCUUGGUCACAAAAGGCGGCAUAGAAAAAGAAUUGACAAGGCUAUGGUUGCCACUUUGCAAGAAUUAUUCAAUAUGAUUGACAUAGACUCAAACUGUAAGGAGCAGGAAUUGAAAGUGAUCGAAGAAGAUUUGUCUGUGCAACCAAAUACGUAUGAUUGUGGUAUAUUGGUCAUCAAGUAUAUUGAGUUAUGGGAUCAUACACCUAAAUUUGAUGGGAAAAAAAUGCCCGAUUACACAAUGGAACAAUUACAAGUUCUGCGAGAACAAAUGGUUUGUCAGUGGAUAUUACACGAAGAUAAUGUUCAUCGUACAAGGGUAUUGCAGAAAUGUGGGAUGGGAUCCUUUAGGCAUUGA